GAAGGGGAAGCGGGCGUCGGUAAAAGAGCAGGCUGUUGGUAAAAGAGCUGAAGCCAGACAGCAGUGGCUCGAACUUACUGGAGCUAAUGCUCUGUGAAGAGGCAGAUCCAGGACUAUUGUGUUUUUGUAAACCCUAAGCUCUUGGAGGCUACAGACAUGUCACUGGAAGAUAUUCACAUGAACACGCAGGACUUGCUGCAGAAAGAAGAACUAGAUGCUGGAGGAUUUGGAAUGGUUUCUUUAUGUUAUCACAAGAAAUAUGGGCUUGUGGUAUUAAAAACAGUGUAUACGGGACCCCAGCGCACAGAAUAUAAUGCUUCCCUUCUUGAAGAAGGAAAGAUUAUGCGCAAACUAAGUCACGAUCGGGUGGUGAAAUUACUAGGCAUCAUUCUGGAAGAUGGGAACUACUCUCUGGUGAUGGAGUAUGUGCACAAGGGAAACUUGAUGAAAGUACUUAAAACAUCCACUAUUCCCUUGUCUGUGAAAGGGCGGUUCAUCUUGGAGAUCAUUGAAGGAAUGCUUUAUUUAAAUGAGCAGAGUUUGGUACACAAAGACUUGAAACCAGAAAACAUUCUUGUAGAUGAUGACUUUCACAUUAAGAUUGCAGAUCUUGGUGUCGCCUGCUUUAAAAACUGGAGUAGACUGACCAAAGAAGAGACCAACCGGCAGAGGAAAAUCAAGAGCAAUUCCAAAAGCGCGUCCAGGAGCGCCGCUGGCACUCUUUUCUAUAUGGCCCCGGAGCACUUACGCUCAAUUAACACAAAACCUGUGGAGAAGUCAGAUGUUUACAGUUUUGGCAUAGUGCUCUGGGCAAUUUUUGCCAACAAAGAGCCAUAUGAAAAUGCUAUAAAUGAAACACACAUUUGCUUUGGCAUCAUGAAUGGGAACAGGCCAAAUACAGAAGAUAUUAAAGACAAUUGUCCAAAGGAAAUUAUCGACUUAAUGAAGCACUGUUGGCAACAAGAGACAGAAAAUCGGCCAACCUUUUCAGAAAUUAGUCAGAAAUAUAAGCCAUUUUACUGUGAGCAACUAGAAAAAGAUGUUGAAGAUGACUUGAGAAAGAUAAAGAAAGCGUACCCUGGGCCAACUGAACUUGUGAAAAGGAUGCAGUCCCUUCAGAUAGACUCUGUCGCAGAAUCUCCAAAUAACAGACAUGCACAAACAGAUCAGCCCAAUUCCCUACAUAGCUCUCAGGGUCUCAUGACUGGCAAUGUGGAUGAAGCCAUGUUUGCUCCCUUUCCAGCGAACCAGCCUGUCGAGACCUGUGAGUCCUCCUUUGAGGCCUCUAUUAGCCUAGAAAGAAAAUUGCAGGAUGAAUUAAAUUAUCAUAAGCAUGGCAGCCGGAUGGAUAAUUCAGAAAGCCAACCUCUGGUAUACAGUGCUGAAGAGAGAGAGGAGGAAAGAAGACGAAGGGUAUCCUUUGAUCCAUUUGCAACUCCACCUGCUGCUCCACAGAUGAAUGAAUUAUAUCUGAAAGCUGAAAGCACAGAAUCAAAAGCCAGUCCCUAUAGUAACAUGACCAAUUACAGUCAUUUACAACCACCACCACCACCAGCAGCUGCAGCAACUCCAAUAUGGGAAAAUGUACCAUACAAUCCAAAUAUUACGUAUGGGACAAGGCCUAUAGAUCCGAUAACAAGAUCUACAGAGGAUCUCUAUGGAUCAAAUUCAGCCAAUACAUUUAGUCUGAAUAAACCCCCUGUGCCUGAAUCUGGCCUACACCAGCAGCCACAAGCAUCCACACCAUGGUUUCCAAAAAGCCCGAAUACAGAGACAGGCAAAACGGAAUCCAGUCCUUUUAAGAAGGGGAAUUUUGCAUAUACUCCUACUACACCUGUACAACACAAAAUAAGCACAGAUGAAAAUGCAAAAUACACCAUAUAUAACAGUACCGGAAUUCAAAUUGGAGCCUACAAUCACAUGGAGAUUGAAGAACAGAAUCUAUACGUAAGCAGUGUUCCAGUCAACACGCAAAACACUUAUGCACAUUAUGAAAAUAUGGGUAUAUUUGAUAACACCUCUAUCCUCUCUGAAAAACAGCUGAAUCUAGUGAGAGAGAACUUGGCUAAACAGUGGAAACACUGUGCUCGUAAACUGGGCUUUAGUGAGCCACAGAUUGAUGAAAUUGACCAUGACUAUGAACGAGAUGGACUCAAAGAAAAAGUUUACCAAAUGCUGCAGAAAUGGGUUAUGAGUGAAGGCUACAAAGGGCCUACAGUAGGAAAGCUGGCCAGAGCCCUCUAUGACUGCAAGAGAAUAGAUCUCCUCAAUGAUUUGAUAAAAAUGAACCAGGAGUAGGCAAACUGGAAACUCGGUGGGAAUGGCUAUGUAUUUUAUCUGAAGAUCCUCUUACUGAGAACAUGAAACAAUCUUGUAAAAGUGCUGUACGAAAGACACGUCUAGAAUAUGCACAUAUUUCUGUCAAGCAGUAUACAGUAUCCUUUAGCUCAAAGCAUUUAAUUUUUGAAAAGACAGGGCAACUAUGAAAAGCCUGUCCUCUGGGGGGGGGGGGGGAGGAAGCUCUUCCUUUUUACAGUGAAGAUAAUAGGUUAUCUAAUAAACUUUGUCCAAG